GCAACGAUCUUAAUGGAAGAAAUGGCUGGCAUGUUCACGGACACACGCAGCACCCCUGGCUGGCUCAUGGUACUGAGCCUCGGGCUAGCUGGCUGUGCGUUCGCACUGUAUGCCUACAAUCCGUUUGCGGGAACGAAGGGCACCGCCGAGCAACUUGUGGUGGAUGGCCAAAAGGAGGCAUGUAUGGCAGCAGCAGAGGAACCUGAGCCUGAGGCAGUUCACCAGGGAGGAGCUGCCACACAAGAUUUCGAGUCGUUGGCAAAGACGCUGGCCCAGUCGGUCGCGCAAAGAAUCGGACCAAAACUGGCCAAGGGGCAGGCAGUGCGCGGCAUUCUUGAGUCACGCCUGUACCAGUUCCCAGACAAGGCCAAGACGUUUUUGAUGAACGAGCUAAACAGUACAGCGGGAGCAGUCAUGCGGGCCAUUGAAGCAGAAGAAGCCAUGAUUCUGUUGGAUCUGGACAAAGCUCUGUCUGCCAAUUUCCCACCGCUCUCGAUGCUUCUGGCGGGAUUAAUCUCCCCAGCGCUGCUCAACAUCUCUAUGUCGGCCUUGCGCAUGCAAAACACCAUGGUUGUUUUGCCGGUCCUUUUGCUGUGCGGUUGGGCCAUGUGGCAAGAUUAUGGGGCCGAUUGCUCCAUACCGACAAUGACCAUUUGGGUGAAGGCUCAAGUGUUGAUGGCGCUGUUCUUGGGCAUUUGCAAUGGAAUGGUUGCCCUGAAGAUAUCCCAGGGCAAGAAGGCAAUGGACGUGAAAACCGAGCGACUACAGAGGCGAAUUAAGGAAGCGCAGUCAUCGGGCGAGUCGGGCGUUGGAGAACUUCGCGAGCUCUUCGUAUGCAAUUCGGUUCUCAUACAGGAGGCGCUUCUCCUGGAGGAUGAAGUGAAAGCAUCCGUUUGGUUCAAUGCUUCUGGGGUUGCCACCGUGCUUUGGCUCGUCACGACUUUGUGGACUUGGGUGCUCGUGUUUGGCUGGACUUUCGUUCCCGGAGUCACUGCAUUUGACAAGGCUGCCGAGCACAAUGCCAACUACUGCGGGGCUUGGGCUAGCGUCUUGGCUGCUCGGAUCACAGCAAUCCUGGCCGUUCUCUUUCUGGUCGUCAAUAUCAUGACUGUAGUGAACUGGCUUGCUACGGUUCUCGUUGCUUCAGACGCCUUCUCUCAGUCCGUGUUGAAGAAGGCAGUCGACAUUGAUCGGCAGUCGUUGGGGUUCCCGGUUGCGCAGCUGUUAGUCAAGGCCUUGCUGUUGCGAGGGCGUUCUGAGACUUUGGGGGCAAAACUUUCAAUCGCAGAGGCUGACAAGGUUGCCUUGGAGAAGGAAAAAGCAGAGCUGCAGAGCCAACUUACUUCUCUGGAGACACAGAUUGCUUCACGAGUUGCAGAGGUGGAGGCAAUCCGUGCCCAAGCCGCAGAGGCCGAGACCGUAGGUGCGCGCGACCCAAUGGGAUUCGAAGCCGGCGCCCGCACUUUGGAGGCUGCAGAUGUGGAGGAGCUCAGCGCCAACUGGAAGGAGCAUGGCCACAAGGCAGUGGAGGAUGCGCAGGCUCGCGCUGCAGCUGUGAAGCAACAGACCACCGAGGAGCUUGACCGUCUCGUGCAACGCUUUAUGGAGAUUGUGCAGCAGGUGCAGGACUCCGAGGCCUACCAGUCCGCCUCCAGCAAUCUCCAAUCAGCAGCAGAGCAGGGCAUGGCAUCAGCAUCGCAUGCAAUGUCUCAGGCAUCUGCUGCUGCUGCGGACCUGCAAGGGAGAGCAACAUCCACCAACAUCCAGUCGUUGGUGGAACAGGGUGUGGCAUCAGCAUCUCAAGCAGCUGCCCAGGCAGGAGAAGCGGCGGAGCAGCUGCAGCAGCGAAUGGGUGCGACGCGAUGA